CAAAAAAUACUUUUUCCUUCUUUUAACUUAGCACAAAACACAUCUUUGUAGUUUAUAUGUUAUUUACUGAUUCAAAUCUAGAGUUCAAAACAAAAUUCCAAGCCCUAUUUUCGAUUAGAAACCCUAACCCCUACCAUUUCAAAAUUUUAUUGAUGCGCGAUUUUCCCUUGUUUGUUCGAUUUCCUCAUCGUUGCUUGUGAAGUUGUGUUCCUCUCUGCUCGUGUCGCCGUCGCGCUUGUCGCUGUUCGCGCGCCGUCGUGCUCGUCGCUACUCGCAUCGGCGCAUCGCCGUCGUGCUUGUUCGCUGCUCGCAUCGUCAUCGUGUUCGUUGCUGCUCUGCAUUUCCUGAUUGUUGCUUCUGAAGUUGUGUUACUCGCUGCUCACGUUGCCUUCGUGCUCGUCUCUGCUCACGAGCCGUCGUGCUUGUUGCUGCUCGUGCGCCUUCGUGCUCAUCGCUCUGCAUUUUGAACUUCUGAAUUUUGCUCUGCUCAAUUCCAAUUUGCUCGCCUUCUUCUACUUGCGACGUUUUUCUUAGCCCCUGGCUAGGUGCUGAUAUGCUUUGCUUCCCCGUGGUGCUCGUGCUCUUUCCAUCACAGAUAGUCUCCUUGCUUUACUCAGCUUUGUUAUGGCUGAAGUUGAUGAGAAAUUCUGUUGUUGUAGGUGUUGGAGUUGGCUGAGAAUGCUUCCGGUUCAAUCAAUUUGCUGCCAGAGUCAUGAUAAUUGCUUGGCUGAUUUAUCUGGAGCAUUGCAUUGUGAUGCUGUUAUGAAUUUCAAGUUCUCUAGAACUAAGUGUUAUCCAGCAGCUGCUGCAAAAAACCGUCACCUAUGUGAGAGUCUUGCUGACAGUUGCUUUCCCAUAAGCCAGGGGCCAUCAGCAAGCCGUCUUCAUGAAUUGUUUAUACACCAGUUUUGUGAUGCUUACACCUGCUCAGGGAAACAGAAGCCUUUCUCUAGAGGAGGCAAGGAGCAAAGUAGUUUCUUCCGCCUGGCUGCUGGAGCAUUGAUCUUGGUGCUACUUCCUGUGUUCUAUCUUUUUCUUUAUCUUGUUCAAAGUGAUAUGAAGGGUCGAACUCAGGAGCUUCGUCGCAUCUCAAAAGCAGGAUGGAAAGGCAAGCCGUCAUGAGUCAUGAAUGGUAAAUGUUUAUAUCCCUUAUAAAGAUAGCUUAUCGAGUUAUCGCAAGACAGAAUGGGCUGUAUACUGAUAAAAUUCAAUAUCAUAAUGAAUUGUACACUUUAACUUCCCACUUGUAGUGUCCUUCAUGGACAAUUCUACAAUUCCUAAAGACAAGAAACUGGAGAUCUACACUGCAAAAUAAAAAAAGAGUAACUAGUAAGUGUCCAACAGAGAAGAGUUGAAUCUAAUAAGAAAGCUGAGGUUGGCUUUGUGUUAUGAAGUUAGAGGGUACUGAGAUUUUGAAGUGCAACUAUGCAGCAAGAAACAUCCCCAGAGGUGUGGUCUUGUUACCCUUCACUCUUGUUGUGAUAGUGCUCCUCUUUCCUCUCCUCAGAACCUUGAAUAUAUCAGCUUCUAAGAUAUUUGCCACAAGCUUUGAAUCUAAAGAAGAAACAAGAAGGACUAGUUGCAAUGUUUUCUCUGGGAACUAGACUCCUUAUCUGAAGGGACCGUACUACAGCAAUGAGACAUGCCCUUUCAUAUUUGACAAGCAGAAUUGCCUUCUACAUGGAAGACCUGACAGGGAGUUUCUUCAAUGGAGAUGGAAACCUAAUGAGUGUCAGCUUCCUCUCUUUGAUGCUACUCAGUUCUUGAAGAUGGUCAAAGGGAAGUCAAUGGCCUUUGUUGGGGACAGUUCUAUUUAGCAUAUGGGACAAGUCAAGCAUGGAUAUAAAAUAUGCAAGUAGAUUGAUAUCUUUUUGAUAAAUAUUAAUUACUAUUUUGUUAUGACAAUUAUUGUUAAACAAGAAUUUUAUUAUUUUGUUGAGAAUUAUCGAUGAACA